AUGGAAUCUACAUGUAAAGAGAGGAGUCUUUUAUACUUACUUCUCUUUGCAAUAUGCACAGCCAGCGUUUGCUUUUGUGCAAGAAGAUCAAAUGCUCGGAGAUCUGAUCGUCUGAGUCCUCCGCUAGACAUCCAGCUGGAGACAGUCAACUGCACCGCCUUUAGUGUACGAUGGAAGAUGCCCCGGCGACAUGUUAGCACCAUCACUGGAUACAAGGUCUUCUACACAGAGAUGAGGAAUGGCCUUCCGAUGGGUACAGUGUCUUUGAUGGAGGUGCCUCUCAGCUUGGACAUGCUGACCACUGGGCAAUUUGAUGGACAAGCAAGCUUUGAUGUGGACAUCGGAAACCUUAAAAUGAACUCAAAGUACAGAGUCACAGUUGGAGCGUAUGGUUGGGCUGGGGAGGGUAGACCCAGCAUGCCCAGAGAAAUCGCCACUGCCUCACAUGACAUGUGCAUGCCCCCAUCGCCCCCCACUCAGCCUGUUGUCAUGGCUGUAUCUGACACAGAGCUGGCGUUGUCAUGGCAGCAAGGAGAGAAUGAAGGAAGUGCCCCUGUCCUUCACUUCCUGGUGGCUUACAUCAGGCCAGAAAUGGACACGGAGUGGACAUAUAUCCGUGAGCCCAUUGAGACUAACUCCAUGGUUUUGAAGGGGUUAUUACCGGAAACAGAGUACCAGUUUGUUGUCAGGGCAGCCAACGUGCACGGAGUUAGCCCACCCAGCCACAUCAACAACCCCGUGCGCACUCUCGGUGCAUCAGAUGUUGGCAGUGGGGAUUACGGCCGUUACAUCACAGAUUCAAGGAUCAAAGAUGAAGAUGGCUUCGACAUUGAUGACUCUGAUUAUGAUAUCUUUAUUGAAGAGUUGAAGCCCUUUCCAGGUAUCAAUCAGGACAACAGGAAGUCCCAGCUCCGCUCGCGCCCUGAUCCGCCCUCGGGACGCAACGUUGUUUACCGUAUGAACACCAUCGCUCCCAACGCUACUGCCCCUCCAUCUUCCUCCACCACCUCAUCUAUCUUCCAAGAUCUCAAAGAUCUGAUUUUCUCAACCGCCUCAGAGUCAAGUACAGCUAUUGACACAACAACUACUGCCCCACUUACCACUACCAGGUAGGAUUUACCUAUACUUACCGUUAUUUGUUAAACCACUGACUAUGCACUCACUAAAUUUAUCUUUCUCACUCUUCUGAUCCACCAUAGCGUCACUUUUCCCACCACCACGACCGCCCCGACCAUGUCCCCCUGGAAAGGUGAGGUACCUCGUGUGUACGACCUGACCUGCGAUGAUACUGUGUGCCCCCCCGACAGCUUCUGUCUCAGCGAUUACGACGGUGGAGGCUCACGCUGCCACUGUAACCUCGGACGAAGAGGGGACACUUGCUCUGAGGUGGUAUCUGUGAACUUUCCAAGGUUCUUUGGCUACUCUCACAUCACCUUUGAACCCUUGAAGAACUCUUUCCAGACCUUUCAGAUCUCUUUGGAAUUCAAGGCAGACUCUGAGGAUGGUUUGUUGCUAUACUGUGGAGAGAACGAACACGGCCGUGGAGACUUUACCUCUUUGGCUCUGGUGCGAGGCAAGCUGCACUACAGGUUUAACUGUGGUACGGGAUCAGCUCAGAUAGUCAGUGAGAGCCGCAUUGUCGUCGGUCAGUGGCACAUGGUCACCGUCUUCAGAGACGGCAUGAGCGGCUGGCUGCGGAUGGACAACGACAACCCCAUAUCUGGCCGCUCGCAGGGCCAGUACACUAAGAUCACUUUCCGCUCGCCCCUGUAUGUGGGUGGAUCCCCGACUGCUUAUUGGCUGGUCAGGGCCACAGGGACGAAUCGGGGCUUUCUUGGCUGCAUUCAGAGUCUGACGAUCAACAACAAGGCGACGGACAUCAGACCUUGGCCCCUGGGCAGAGCUCUGAGUGGAGCUGAUAUAGGUGAGUGCAGCGACAGCGUGUGUGACCAGGUCAGCUGUGACAAUGGUGGAGUCUGCUUUGCAAACCGUGCCGAUGGCUUCAUCUGUCUGUGCCCGCUCGGUUUCAGGGGAGAUCUUUGUGAAGAGACUUUCUCACUGUCCUCACCUCUCUUCAAUGAGAGUGUGUUUUCGUACGCUGUCAUCCCUUGGCCUCAGUCCUCUCAGAGUUAUCUGUCCUUCAUGGAGUUUGAGCUGACGUUUCGGCCGUCGAUGCCUGAUGGGACGUUGCUGUACAGUGACGACGCAGGCAGCGGAGACUUCCUGGCUAUCAACCUUGUGGAUGGAUAUGUAGAGUUCAGAUUUGACUGCGGCUCUGGAGGAGCUACCAUAAGGAGUGAAGAGAAAAUCAGUCUGGACACAUGGCAUGAGCUAAGGGUGUCUCGCACAGCAAAGAGUGGUAUCCUUCAGGUGGAUAGCCAGAGGCCAAUGGAAGGAAUCGCUGAGGGAGCUUUCACUCAGAUCAACUGCAGCUCACCUCUUUAUAUCGGCGGAGUACCAGAGUAUGAUAAAACCAAGAGGACAUCAGGAGUGAUAAAGCCCUUCACGGGAAUUAUUCAGAAGCUGAUACUCAACGACCGCACCGUCCCAAUAACAACCGGCUCAGCUGGGGGAGUUAAUGUAGCAAAUUCAGCUCACCCAUGUGUGGAAAGUCCCUGUGCCAACGGAGGGACGUGCAGGCCAAAGUGGGACAGCUAUGAGUGUGACUGCCCCUUAGGGUAUGAUGGGAGGCACUGCCAGAAAGAGUGUGGGAAUUACUGUUUGAACACUGUGACUGAAGCUAUUGAGAUCCCGCAGUUCAUUGGCCGAAGUUACCUGACAUAUGACAACAGAGAUAUCCUGAAAAGGGUGUCUGGGUCCAGGACCAAUCUUUUCAUGCGUUUUAAGAGCACAGCCAAGGAUGGCCUGUUGCUAUGGCGAGGAGACAGUCCACUGAGACCCAACAGUGACUUCUUGUCUAUGGGGCUUCAAGAUGGUGCACUAAUCUUCAGUUUUAAUCUGGGCAGCGGUGCAGCUAAUAUUUCUGUCAACGGGACCUUUACCGAUGGAAAGUGGCACAGAGUAAAAGCUGUGAGGGAUGGACAGUCAGGGAAGCUGACAGUGGAUGACUAUGGAGCAAAAACAGGCAGGUCACCUGGAAAGAUGAGACAACUCAAUAUCAACGGACCCUUAUAUGUUGGUGGCAUGAAAGAGAUAGCUCUUCACACAAACAGACAGUACAUGGGAGGCUUGGUGGGCUGCGUGUCCCACCUCACCCUCUCCACUGAUUAUCACCUAGCACUGGUGGAGGACGCUGCUGACGGCAAGAACAUCAACACGUGCUCCAACUAG